CCGGGGCGGCGCUGGGCGGGGCCGGCCCAGGGGGCGGGGCCGGGGGCCAAGAUUCCAAGGAGACCGCGGCAGUGCCGCCAGCCGCUGCGAGCGGACUCGGACCCGGACCCCCCGGGCGCGCAGGCGCCAGAGCGCCCAGACGACGGCGGGAUGACGGCCGGGAGCCCCGGAGACUGCGGGGAGGUGCGGAGGAGCCCCGAGGGCCGCGUCUCCCGCCUGGGCCGCCGCCUGGGCCGCCGCCGGCGCCCGCGCUCCCCGCCCGAGCCCCUGCGGGUGCGGGCGCGGCUGCGGCUGCGCUCGCCGUCGGGGGCGUUCGCGGCGCUGGGGGCGCUCGUGGUUCUGGUAGGCAUGGGCAUCGCAGUGGCCGGCUACUGGCCGCACCGCGCCGGGGUCCCGGGGCCCCGAGCUGCAAACGCCAGCGCGCCCCCCCUGAGCGAGCUGCGGCGGGAGGGUCGCGGCGCCGGCCGGGUCCAUGGCCCCCACGAGCGGCUGCGACUCCUUGGGCCCGUGGUCAUGGGCGUUGGCCUGUUCGUGUUCAUCUGCGCCAACACCCUGCUCUACGAGAACCGAGACUUGGAGACGCGACGGCUUCGCCAGGGGGCUCUGCGGGCUCAGGCGCUCAGGCCCCCGGACGGUCCGGGCUGGGACUGCGCUCUCCUCCCCAGCCCCGGCCCCAGGACUCCCAGAGCCAUACGGUGCGUGGAGCCAGAAAGCUGGGACCUGUCCCCGCGUCGGGGUACCUCACCCGUCCCGUCAGUGCGGAGCCUGCGUUCAGAGCCUGCUAAUCCUCGCUUGGGGUUACCUGCCCUGCUCAACAGUUACCCGCUGAAGGGCCCAGGGCUGCACCCACCCUGGGGUCCACGGACCCAGACUGGACAUGUGAUUAUCACCGUGCAGCCCUCUGGUUCCUGCAUUGAACAUUCCAAGUCUCUGGAUCUGGGCCUUGGGGAGCUCCUGCUUGGGGCCCCAGCAGCUCAAGACUGUGCUCACCGAAGCUGGCCUCGGCUGGACCGCCUCAGUCUGGGGGGUUAUGCCAAGUUGGGAGGAGGAGGGGACUUGGGGGCCCGGGUCUGAGGAGCAGGGAACAGCCUGCUAUGAGGCUGUAGCAUGGACCAUGGUACAGGACUAGGAGUCCCAAUGUCUAGUAGAUGCUUCAGUCACAUCCCAGACUGAGGGUGGAUGCUCUAGCCCCAGCAGCUGCUAAGGCAUUCUGACUUGCAUGUCGGCAGAGAAAUGCCAACUGCACAAGGGUUCAAAAAGCUGGAGAGUGUUUUUUAAUGUGGAAUCUGGAGACCAGCAUGACUCAGCCUCAGGAAUUCCUUCAGCCUCCAAAAGUGGCCUUAGCCCUGGACAGGUACCUGAGGGGGCUGGAGGUCCAGGCCAGGGUGAUUGGGAGACGCAUCUGGUGUCUUGGCAAACCCAAAGUGGUGGGCAAGGACCCUAAGACUUGGAAGGUAGGUUGUGAUGUUACAGGCUGGGACAGGCUCCCUCCAGGGUGGCACUGAUGAUGGGGUUUGGGCCUCUGGGAAGAUGGGCAAUGGGGUCAAGUUGAGACAUUCCACUGCCAUCUGGGAUAGGGACUGAGCCUUUAAUUCCCACCCCUUCAACCCCUUUCCUCCCUCAGCCAUGCAGGGUACAUCCCACUAGGGCUACACUACUGCCAAUGCCUUCAUACUGAGGGUCUGGCCCCUCCCCAAACAGGUCUGAGAAGCCCCCCUUCUCUCCUUUGUCAUGGCCUAUGCCACGAAAUUUCCCUCCAGUUGGCAAAAAGCAUUUGCCAGUUCUCAGAAAUCCUUUUAUGUAUUGAAGCUGCGUUUUGGUCAAUGUGGAUAGCUUUAGAAAAUGGCUUGGAUUUGGGUCACCCACAUGGUUAAUUUUUCCCCAAGUUGCCGGUAGGGGAAGAGAACU